AUGUCGAAAGUCGUAAGAAGCGUCAAAAAUGUCACAAAGGGCUACAGCAGUGUGCAAGUCAAGGUGCGGAAUGCUACCUCUAAUGAUCCAUGGGGCCCUACGGGCACAGACAUGGCAGAGAUAGCAGCUCUGACCUUCAACAACCCCAGCGACUUCUACGAGAUCAUGGACAUGUUAGAUAAGCGCCUCAACGACAAAGGCAAGAAUUGGCGACAUGUUUUGAAGUCCCUCAAAGUCCUAGACUACUGUCUUCACGAGGGGUCUGAAUUGGUGGUGACCUGGGCACGGAAGAACAUCUACAUCAUCAAGACGUUGAGAGAGUUUCAAUAUAUUGAUGAAGAUGGAAGAGAUGUCGGACAGAACGUCCGCACAUCUGCCAAAGAAUUGACCUCACUCAUCCUGGACGAAGACCGACUGAGAAGUGAACGAUCCGAUCGAAAACUGUGGAAGACUCGUGUCCAUGGCGUUGAGGAGUUUGCCCCUCAAUCCAGCGCUGGGCCUGCGCAGCAGCCACGCCGUAGGGAGACGCGAGGAAGUCGCGUCGACGACGACUUCGAAGCACAAACUCAGGUGGCUAUACAAGAAAGUCAAAGAGAAGCCGAGGACCAAGCGCGCAAACAACGGCGUCAACCUGAAAAUGACGAGGUAGAUCCGGAAUUGAGGAGGGCAAUCCAACUCAGCAAGGAGGAGGCGGAUCUGCGCGCCCGUCAACUUGAGGAUCAAAACGCUGCAUCCUUGUUCGACGACACUCCAGCACCAUCCCAACCUCAGCCGACCGGUUACAAUCAGGGCUAUCAACAACAACCAGCGGUUGACUGGUUUGGAAAUCCCCUCCAGCAGCAGCCCCAGAGUACCGGGUAUUUGAACAAUCAAUAUGCUCAACCACAACAGACCGGCUAUCAGAACGGCUUUGGCAACGGCUUCCAGCCUUCCCAGCCAACCGGUUAUGACCAAUAUGGUCAACAGCCAUUCCUUCAGCAACAGAACACCAUACAGCCGCAACAAACUGUCUUUCCCACAAACAAUCCCUACGGCAUGCAGUCCAGUGGCGACAUAUUUGGAGCGCAGUCUCCGCAGCAGCCCAGCCUUCAGACUGGUACGAACAACCCAUGGGUAACGCAGUCCCCUCAAGCCGCCGAACCACUCCAACCAUUGCCGACGGGUUCAAACAACCCUUUUGCGCAAAGAACACAACAGGCAUCACCGUCUCCUUUCGCACGCACAACCCCUCAACCCUCGUUGGGUACUCUCUUUGAAUCACAACCGACGACGCAAUUCAGCCAGCCACCUCAGUCAAACCCUAUCAUGAAUUUUCAGUCUCCACCUCCACAACAGCCUCAGCAGCAACAGAAGCUUGUUAACCCACAACACGCCAGGCUGAAUGCUUUGUUAGCUUCUGGUGAAGGUCAAGAUACUUUUGGCAACACGGGCGACUUGCGUAUUCCUGCUCAACAUACCGCCCCGGGCACAUUCGUGAACUCAGCUGGCGGAGGUAUAGAUCGUCUUCGAGCAGCGCAAACUGGUACCAACCCAUUCUUUUCGCAGCAAGCCACAGGUUUUGGUCCAUCGCAAGGUGGCCUUGGUCAACACGCACCUGCUCAGACUGGACCAGCAAGCGGAUAUGGUGGUGGAUAUGCUCAACAAAACAGCAAUCCUUUUGGUGCAAGACCGGUCGGACAGCAAGGUGGCAGCCUGAUUGAUUUAUAG